GUUCAUGUAUCUUUUAACAAUUAUAUCCUUUUAUGCUAAUCAAAAAGCCAAAUUUCAAUAAAAAGAUUUCAAUUUACACAUCCAUUUCAGUUCAACAGACAGCUAAACUACAUUACCCAUAAUGCAGCUGCUCCUAUUGUCGGUAUUUUUUUAACUCUCGCGGGCUUUGUUUUGAUAUGGCGGCAGGCUUCGAAAGUUCGGUUUGUUAUGUUUCUAUAAAGUUUUACUCCAGUAAUUUCGCCUUUGUUACAGAUUAGCUAGCCCCAGCCUGAGACAGCUCGGUCAUCAUGUCAUCUCCAGCCGGGCUUCGGUACUCCCAGGCAGACUUUUUGGCUCGGUGCAUGCCAAGUAGCACCAGAGCCGGGGUGAUUCUCAACCCCUGCCCAGAUUUGGCUGGCUCCCUGAAGUACAUCUCCUCGGUGGGAGCUCCGGGAUCCCCACCCCUGGGACCAGACGACUCCUUCGCCUCCGACUUCGCCCCCCUGCCCGCCUCGACAGACAGCAGCUGCCUUUGUGUGGAUGGCUUUGCCGGGUUACCUGGAGGAGAGAGGGCUGGGACUGACAGGCUGGUAAACGGUCUGUACUCUGUGCCUCCAAGGAAUUCAAAUGGAGAGUUGGACAGUCUGGAUGAGAUGGCAAGCAAAUCUCAGGAGCUGCCCCUGAUGAUGAAGCUAGAACAGUUGAGGAAGUGGCAGCAGCACAUGCAGGAGCAGCUUAAAGCCCACCAACUGGAGGAGCUCCUUCGCCUCCAGGAGGAGCAGCAGAAGCUGUUGGGAAUGAUGAAUGGAUCCCAGCACUGCAUUGAAGAUCACACACAGAGUUCGGGGCUGUCAGGAGCCGAGUGUGGGGAGGACACACUCCAGGGGGGCUCUCAUCACAGAGAAAGUCCAUUAAGCCCCACCAUAAUCUGCCAUGGGGUCCCAAAGGGCUUUAACUAUGUCCCCCAACAGGAGCAAGAACUCACACGGACAAGAAGACAGGAGUGGCUACCAAGUGGUCAAAAUCAUGAAGAGACGGACGAUGAAGAAGAGGGCACGUGGAGCUCCAGAGAAGAUGACCAGGAACAAAGCAUAGAUUUUCAGGAGAAUGAUGCCACAUUAAUACCAAGCAAUGACGUGGCUUUGACUGAAGACAAUAGUAGUAAAGAAGAUUCAAUCUUACAGGACAGACCUAUUAGGCCAGGCAUUGGGGGUCAGAAGCAGACAUUCGAGGAGUUGUUGGAGGAGCAGUUGAGGCUGGAGGAGCAGAGGCUGAAGUCUGCCCGGAAACAACAGAGCCAAGAUGAAGCUGAAGCUGUGAAAGCCCCUCCCAAAAGGGCCUUUCUGAAGCGGGGCGAGGGCCUCUCAAGAUUUACCAACUAUCGCAAAGCCUCUUUAACAAAGAAGGAAGCAAAGAAAGACCUCAGAACACAACCCCAGGCCAGAGUAAUUUCCCGCAGCAACUCAGAGCCUGCAGCUCUCCAGAGAGGUGACACCAACGGGAUCCAACGGCUUCCCGUCCAACGUAAAACCGCCGUACUUAACAAGGAAAACCGACUGAGAGGACCCACUUCACCACCUCAGGACAUCAGAGUUGAGAGUAAGGCAGUGCGGACGAAAGUUUUGGGUAGCCAUCAAAGACAAAACACAGACGGAGCAGAGUCUAUUCAAUCUGACGCAGAUGGCAGACAAACCAAACAAUAUCAAGUAAAGGAGCAAAGUAAUAGAAAAGUAGGUCAGUCAGCUCAGACUGCGAGGAGACCUGGUCAGAACACGCAGCCAAACCCUGUAACCAAGCAGGUGGGCAUGUUAGGAGAGGCUGAAAAUGAUGCUGCUAGGGAGAAAAGUUGUGGUUCAAGAGUGGAAUUACUGGAAGGAAGAACGGGAUCAGGAGAAGACGGAGUUCCACAGGAUUCGUUUGAGUUGUCGUUCCAGGAGAAGCUCCAGCACUGGGAGUCCGACCGGAAUUUGGAAAGCAUGGAGCUGGGAGAGUUUGAGCUGCUGGAGCAAGCGGCCGAGGAGCUGUCCUUCUCAUCCAACUCCUCCUUUGUCAUGAAGGUUCUUCAGAUGGACCAGCAGCACCGGCAGCUGCAUGGCGCCAAGGGCUUCCACCAUCGACGGCUGUCAUCCACACCCAUCAAGUCCCCUCCCAGAGUUGCCCUUCAGAGGUGCAGUAGUGUUGGAAGUAGUGGUAGUAUGGCAUGUAAAAGCAGUUCCAUGAACUCAAAAGCAUUUGUGACGAAGAUAAUAGACGAUACACUUCAGAGCAAAGUGAGCAUUGAGGAUAAGGAGGAAGAUGACAGUGGGGGAGAAGACAAACAUGAAAACUCUGAUGUUUUGUCCUGUGGCGGCUCUGAAUUUGAAGACCAGGAAGUGGUGGUCAAACCACCUAUGUUUCCCAGCACCCUUUGCUUCCCUGCGCCAUCUAACCCACCAUAUGACAAGCGAUCUUAUCAAGACGAGGACAGCUGCAGAGAUUCAGCUUCAGAUGUGACACGAGGGGAUGAUGGUGAGAGCGACAGCAUCCUCAGCAACACAGACGACUCCACGCUGAUAGAGGACAAAGACAGCCGGCAGGGGAGAGUUGUGUUUGACGACGAUGACACGUGGAACGACCUGGAGGUCACUGCCGUCGGCACAGCCAAUGACAGUAGAGGAGUGAGCCCAGUUUCCAAGGAAACAGCCAAUGGAGUCUCGCCACCAGAGCGGACGGUGCUGAGGAAGGUGGCAGUGAGUAAAGUUGUGGAGUUGGAUAAGGUCAUGGUCACUGGUUCAGCCAGUCAGGAACCAGAUCCUCCUCCUCCUCCUGCCUCCCAGCUCAUGACACGGUUGUUCCCCUCACUGAAGCCAAAGGCCCAGAAUGCACCUCUUCCUCCUCCUGCUGUUAUCUUUGCUGCUUCUGAGUCCAGAAAGGCAGAGGAGACAGGCCAGCAGGUCCAGUCCAGACAGCUGAGGGAGAGACUGGUUGAGCUGGAGAUUGAGAUCGAGCGCUUUAAGAAGGAGAACGCUGCCCUCACCAAACUCAGACAGGAGAACGAGAAAAACCAGGAAACCCUCAGGAAAGAGCGUUUGGAGUUUGAGCAGACGAAAGCGGAGGAGCUGGCUAAAUUUGAGGAGUACAAGAAAGAGGAAAACAGAAAGCUGCAGAAGGAGCGCAAACUGUUUGAGAAGCAUGCUUCUGCUGCCAGAGCCAUGCCUGACAAGAAGGAACGAGAAGAGAUCCAGGAGUUGAAGCAGCAGCUGAGCUCCCUGCAGGAGGAGCUGAGGAGAAAGGAGAACCGCUGGACCUCCACACACAGCCGCCUGCGGCAACAGAUUGACUCCCUCAGCCAGGAGAACAGCUCCCUCCAAGAUGAGGUCCGCAUGUUGGAAAAGCUUCGCCUCAGUGCCUGGAAGAAAAAUCCUGUCGAUGCAGAGAGGGACAAAGAUGUGAAAGAUGUGUCAGCUGUUACCAAAGGAGUGAAAUUUGCUAGUCCUCUUGACUCCAGAGGAAGCAGCAGCAGCAGCAGCAGCGCUCCACAGAGCAGCACCACUGCAGCCACUAGAGGGAGCUGCAGGGAGAGCAGUCAGGCUGCUACAGCAGGAAGGAAGAGCAGUCUGAGGUGGCCAGCAGGGUCAGGCUCCUCUUCUUCAUCCUCUCCUUCCUCCUCAGUGCCUGGCAGGAGGACAGAGGAGAGGUCAACACCUGCCAGCAAGAGCCACGACACACCGCCAAACCAAGAGCACUCACACAGCUGCUCUCCGAAAAGAAAUUCUCUGCCAGAUGAAUCAGAGUGCAGUGAGGCCGAAGAGCCAGAAUCAUCUCAGGAGGUCAUCACACAUACUGAUGGGAAGAUAGAGAAGGUUCUGGCCGGUGGCGAUCGUCUUAUCGUCUUCCCCAACGGGACCAGGAAGGAGGUUUCAGCAGAUGGGCUGACUGUCAAAGUCACCUUCUUCAAUGGAGACACCAAACAGAUCACAGCCGACCAGAGAGUGAUCUACUACUACGCUGAGGCCCAGACUACACACAUCACCUACCCAGACGGCAUCGAGGUCCUGCACUUCCCCAACAACCAGACUGAAAAACAUUUCCCAGAUGGUCGGAAGGAAAUCACCUUCCCAGACCAGACGGUAAAGAACCUGUUCCCCAACGGCAGGGAGGAGAGCGUGUUGACAGACGGGACCAUCAUACAGGUCAAUCCGGACGGCACCAAGGAGAUUCAUUUCAAUACGGGCCAGAAGGAGGUCCACACAGCUGACUAUAAGAGGAGGGAGUAUCCAGACGGUACAGUGAAGACUGUCUACACAGACGGAAGACAGGAGACUCGCUACCCCACAGGACGCCUCAGGAUCAAAGACAAAGACGGCAACGUCAUCCUGGACAACAGGGCGUAGCAAACUACUUUUGUCUCAAGCACAUUUCAAUACAACUAUGACUCUGCAACAAAUCAGACUUAUUUAAAUCACUCCUCUCUUGCUCCCCUCUGCUCUGCAGGGAGGUCAGCUGGUUGGGAUUUGGUGCUUUUCUAUUUCAACUCACUCCUUAAUACUUCAACAUGCUGCCAAAAUCAGAGGCAAAGCUACAGCACAAAAUACAGAGCAAAUGAGUUUGAGAGAGUAAUAAGCCUUUUCAACAGCAUUUUAAUUAUUUAUUUGUAUUUAAAGUGAGAAUGUUGAGCCUUUUGUUAGUUAGAAGUCUUCAGGGCGUCACACACCGGUGGUGUUAUGACUCACUCCCCGAUGGGCACGUCUCAGCUGCCAUCCUGACUACUACUGUAGCAUCUGAUGAGUGUUGCCCUUUAAGACCUCCCUCUUCUUAAAGGUGCCCUGUGGAGUUUUCUGGUAAAACAUUUGUUUACAUUGAGUGUUACACAUCAGAUGCACAGAGUUCAUCCUAGAAGACUAACAAACGUAUUGAAUGCAUUUUCUUCGUUGUUCACAUUCAUGUUUGCUGGCUUGCUGUCUCCUUCCCUGCAUUCGCACGUUUCGGCCACCUGUCAAUCAGGGGAGUAGUGUGAACUAAGCUACAGGAACGUGUCACAUGUUCAGUCAGCAAUGUGCUUGUGAACAAACAAGCACAAACAAAACAGGGAGCCGCUCAUAGAAACAUGAUUCCAUCACAUCACUAGUGCUCAGAAACUCCACAGGGAGCCUUCAUGACCAAAGCUGGUGAGUCCUGACUGAUGCUGCUGGUAGGACAGCAGUUAUUCAGAAUUCAUUCAGAAAAGAAGCAUUUUGGUCCCACAUUGAAAAUAUAUAAAUGUUUCAACAGUACUGUGAGCUCCUCAGUUUGAAAAUGGGAGAAAAAACUUUUCACCAAAACUUUCAGUGAUGCAAAGAAUGUUUUGUUUGUUUUUUUUGUUGAAAAUAUUAUCUGACAUUUUACAAUGAAAUCAUUAGUCUUGCAAGACAAUGUUUUUUUGUUUGUCAGGAUAUUUUUGGUUUCAUUAAUCAGAAUGUUUUAAGAUGUUCAGGCAGAGAGAUACUUGCAUUAACUCACAUUGUUUACAUUUUCAGUAGAGGCCUGAGAAUAAUGAGAUGCUGUACAGGAACAAAACGUCAUCUGUGUAACAGAUUCAAGCAGAACUGCUUCAGUGUGCUGUGUGAAGUGUUUUUGGUUUUAAGUGUUUGUCUGCAAGAAUUUUAA